CUUGGGCCGCCGUGAGGUCUUCCCAUUCGUCGUCCAUCGUCCUCCCUCCGCCCCCGCGUUGGGCAACUUGGGCUAAACCCUAACGAAGCGCGCCGCCGGUCUCGUCUCCACCUCCAACCCUCGGCGGACGCCGUCUCGUCGAUCCCUUCCUUCUCGCCCACCGCGGAGACCGGCGUCGCAUCUCUUUUCCUUUGUUUGGGUUGAUCCCCGGGGCGGCGGCAGGAUGGCGCUGAGAGGGGUAUGGCAGCUGCAGAAGCUCGUGGUGAACUACUGCGAUUGGGGAGGGAGCAGCAGGGGGAUUAGGGCCUUCAUGGAGGCACAUCUUCCAGCCUUUAAGGAAAAGAAUCCACACUUAGAAGUGGUGACUGAGCUUGUCCGCGGUCAACAUCCUAACUUGAAAGGAAUUUACAAAAACCAUAACGAGCGAGUGGUCUGUGUAAGAAACUUACCACCUGAGGAUAUACUACUGCAAGCCACCAGGCUAAGGAACUCUCUGGGCAGGAAAGUGGUGAAGCUGCGAACCAGACACGUCACGAAACGCCCCAGUGUUCAGGGAACAUGGACGACGGACCUGAAGAUGUGAGCCGAGCGAGCUAUCAGACAAGCUGUUCCGGUGUUCCUGAUAGUGUGAUUUCAAAAAUCUCAGCUGUGUCAAUAACUUUGUCGGAGCUGGCCAUUCAGCUUGCCUGUUUCAAUAGCUAGACUCAUUUCUCCCCCCUUUUUUUGUUCCUAGUACAAUAACAUGUACACUUGGGGAUUUUCUUGUUAGUGCCAGCUUGUCAGAUAUCAGUCAGGUGAUAUUUGUCCCUUGUCUA